UCUUUUGCACAGCAUCUACGCGGAAGAAGCAGCCGAAAAUUUCUCCUACAGAGCAAGCUGUUCGCGAUGGGCAGCCACCUGAGAAGUAGUGUGGCUCAUCAGAAGCCAGUGUGCAGAACACAUGACCCUGAGGGGACCAGACAGAGUGAGAGCCGACUGGCACGAGGGAGGAGAGUGCAGAGAGUUAGAGAGAGGCUUGAUAAGAAGGCGGCAGAGGCUUUACACCAGUGGGAGUGUGGAGUCGCGUAUGCUUGUGCUGGGAUGGUGCGUCGUGGGCCUUGGGGCUGCAGAGGCCCACUUUGGAAGCGAAGGGGCAGUAUGGUAGUUUGCCUGAUGGCGCUGCUCUGCAGCCUGUCCAUUCUCUUUCUGGAUACCAUCGAGUCCUGGUCUGUUGCCCUAGGUAGGAAUAAGGCGGCCGUAGGGCCGUGGGUAGGGCAUCCCUACGGCACUGUGAAGAGCCCCCCUGAUGAUUACCUCCUGAUGCCCAGCCCACUUGUCUGCCAGCGUGCCAAGCCCUUCCUCAUCACCAUGGUCAUCAGCGCACCCCAUCACCAACAGGCUCGACAGGCCAUCCGGGACUCCUGGGGGGGCGAGACCCUGGUAAGGGGUCUGCGGGUCAUGACUUUCUUCAUGGUGGGCCAGACCAAUGACCCAGUACUCUCCCAGCGGCUUGAGGAAGAGGCCCAGGAUCACAGAGACAUUAUACAAGGUCUGUUCCUGGACACCUACUCCAACCUGACUCUGAAAACCCUCUCCAUGCUCAGCUGGGUCCAGCGCUUCUGCGAGCAGGCGCCUUAUGUUGCCAAGGUGGAUGACGAUGUCCUGUUCAACCCUGGCACCCUGCUGCGCUAUCUGAACAAGAGCCAUAGUGCGGAGAGUGAGCUGUACCUGGGCCGCGUUCACAUGCGGGUGGCCCCCAAGCGCAACCCCACCAGCAGACACUACCUGCCUGCCGCAGCCUACACCCCAGAGGUCUUCCCUGACUACUGCAGCGGAACCGCGUAUGUGCUGUCCCGCUCUGCCGCCAGAAAGAUCUCCCAGGCCAGCGCCGCCUCCCCCAUACCCUUGCCCCUGCCCCCAGAGGACGUCUUUAUGGGGCUGUCUGCCAUGAAGGCCGGCAUCGUCCCGUCCCACUGUCCCCUGUUCUCCGGGGGCCCCGGUGUGCCAUACAGCCGCUGCUGCUACCAGGCCAUGAUAUCCGUGCACCACACUUCCCCCAGAGAGAUGGUUGCCUUAUGGACUGAGGUUCAGUCCCCACCUCCUUGUUCUUGGCUUAGUCUGAAGGCAUCUUUGGGCAUCUGCAAGAUCAGAGCCUUGCUCAAUGAUCUGAUGGGGGAAGGCGAGGAAUGACCGUGGGAUGACUGUGACGAGGGAUUGAUGGGGAAGGGGAGCUAUAGAAGGAAACGUGAAAAAUAAAGGGGAGAACACUUGGGAAAUAAGCAAAAUUCACAGAGCACUACACUGUUUGCAGACUUGUUUGCAUUUUGCUUUCUGUAUAUUUUUUGUUACUGGCAAAGUGCAUGAUGCGUUAUCCUUUGUAGGCUUGACACGUGCAUCAAAAUGCAUCUGCGAACUCGGGUUCCCCGACGCCUACUAAGGGCUGGCUGAAGAUCUGCUGUUCACCGUGGAGAGAAAACGUACAAUCAUGCAGCAACUGAGACUGGAAGACUGAAGUAAACAGAAAUAGGGCCCAUAUGUGUGAAAAUAGUUACACUUUAUAUUGAUAAUGUUUAACGGUGGGUAGUGUUGUUACCUCACAUCUUUGGGGCUCAAGGUUUGAUGGUCACUUAGUCCAGUGUUUUGCCAACCCGGUCCUUGUUGACCCAUAGACAGCCCACGUUUUUGC